CGGCUUCGACAUCAGGGAAUAGGCCCCGGACAGGGUCUAGCCAUCCGGGCCCAUAGAGCUGCCCAGGCUCUAGAAGCACGAGGCAGACAGACAACAAUCCAAUGGGCCCCUGGGCACCAUGGCAUUGAGGGGAAUGAGAGGGCAGACCAAGCGGCUAAGCGGGCGGCAGCAAAGACCCUCCGGGGAGGACCUAGUGAGCUCUCUAUAGCCUAUAUCAAUAGGGCUCGUACCGAAGCAAUCAGGGCUCGUAAGCAGCAAUGGCUGACUAGAGCACUAGGCCACAGAACCCUGGAUGCCCAGAGGGCAUAUAGGGCCCAACCAGGAUGGAAACCGGAUCCAGUAGCAGCCGCCGCUCCUAAGAAAAUUGCCAGUCGGUACUACCAGCUCAAAACUGGUCACGCAGCUAUAGGGACCUAUCUGCAGAAGAUCCAGGUACGAGACUCAGAGGCAUGCCAGGGGUGCCAGGCCCCAAAAGAGUCUGUCUACCACCUCCUAUUUGAAUGUAGAGAGUGGCGGAAGCAGCGAAGGGCCCUCUAUAGGGCCCUAACCAAGGCUAGGGUGGCUUUGCCAACGAUGGCUGAGGAUCACCCAGAGGGAAGGCUACUAGGAGAUCCUAAGGCCACCAAGGCCAUCCUGCAGUUCCUAGCAGACACAACGGUUGGAUGCCCCUUAGGGGAAGCAGCUCGAGCAGCCGAGAGGACACGGAAGGAUGAUGAAUGGGGGCUGGCAGCCCUAGAGGAGGCAGAACGUGAGGGAGAAGGAUAA